GGUGAUGCGUUUUUUGGGGGGACCGCGGGUGAGGUUUGGUUCCCUGCCUUGGAGGGGAGAGGAAGUUGGUCCUCCCCCCUUUCUCAUGGGGUUCCCUCCUCUUUCGGGCUAAAAUCGGGCGCCAUCCCUUCCGGGAGAAAGGAGGUUUCCUUGUGCGUUGGCAGGGGGUCAAAGGGAGCGCCCCCUUCCCUUUAUUUUAAAGUGCGAAAUGGGUUCCCCCCACGCCCUUCUCUGGGGAGAGAUAAAGAGGUCAGCCCGGCAGCGCGUUUCAGGAAGGGUGUGGGGCCCCUUUCCCCCCCCCCGAUCCCGCAUAAGGGAAGAUGGCGAGUUGGAAGAAGGUGAACUGGAAGAUGACGGGGCCGAGGAGACCCAGGACACCUCGGGAGGGCCAGAGAGGAGCCGAAAGGACAAGGGGGAGAAGCACCACAGCGAUUCUGACGAUGAAAAGUCUCACCGGAGACUGAAGCGGAAGCGGAAGAAAGAGCGGGAGAAAGAGAAGAGGCGGUCGAAGAAGAGGAGGAAAUCCAAGCACAAACGCCACGCUUCCUCCAGCGAUGACUUCUCGGACUUCUCGGACGAUUCGGACUUCAGCCCCAGCGAGAAGGGGCACCGCAAGUACCGAGAGUACAGCCCCCCUUACGCACCGUCCCACCAGCAGUACCCCCCGUCACACACCACGUCCCUGCCCAAGAAGGCCUACUCCAAGCUGGACAGCAAGGGCUAUGGCAUGUACGAAGACUACGAGAACGAGCAGUAUGGUGAAUAUGAGGGCGAUGAGGAUGAUGACAUGGGCAAGGAUGACUACGACGACUUCACCAAAGAGCUGAACCAGUACAGACGCGCCAAGGAGGGCAGCAGCCGGGGCCGAGGCAGCCGAGGCCGGGGCCGGGGCUACCGUGGCCGAGGGAGCCGAGGGUCUCGAGGCCGAGGCAUGGGCAGGGGCGGCCGAGGCCGGGGCAGAGGCUCUGUGGGAGACCACCCGGAGGACGACGACGACUUCUAUGAGGAAGAGAUGGAUUACGGAGAAGGUGACGAGCCCCUGGGAGACGAGGAUUACGACGAAUAUUCUAAGGAGCUAAACCAGUACCGCCGCUCCAAGGAUGGCCGAGGACGAGGGCUCAAUCGGGGUCGAGGCCGGGGCUCCCGAGGUCGAGGGAAAGGCAUGGGCCGAGGCCGAGGCCGAGGUGGUGGUCGAGGCAUGAACAAAGGCGGCCUGAACGAUGACGAGGACUUCUACGAUGAUGACAUGGGGGACGGCGGCGGAAGCUACCGGAGGGGCGACCAUGACAAGCCCCACCAGCAGUCCGACAAGAAGGGCAAAGUCAUCUGCAAGUACUUCGUGGAAGGGCGGUGCACAUGGGGAGACCACUGCAAUUUUAGCCAUGACAUCGAGCUACCAAAGAAGCGAGAACUGUGCAAGUUUUACAUCACCGGGUUCUGUGCCCGAGCUGAGAACUGCCCCUACAUGCAUGGUGACUUCCCGUGUAAGCUGUACCACACGACGGGAAGCUGCAUCAACGGGGACGACUGCAUGUUCUCCCAUGACCCUCUGACUGAAGAAACGAGGGAGCUUUUGGAUAAGAUGUUGGCUGAUGAUGCAGAAGCGGGUGCCGAGGAUGAGAAAGAAGUGGAGGAGCUGAAGAAGCAGGGCAUCAACCCCCUGCCCAAACCACCCCCUGGUGUGGGCCUCCUGCCUACCCCGCCUCGACCCCCUGGCCCCCAGGCCCCAACCUCUCCCAACGGCCGGCCUAUGCAGGGUGGCCCUCCACCACCCCCACCACCGCCGCCGCCACCACCCGGGCCCCCUCAGAUGCCCAUGCCGGCACAUGAGCCGCUGUCCCCGCAGCAGCUGCAGCAGCAGCAGGACAUGUACAAUAAGAAGAUCCCCUCCUUGUUUGAGAUCGUGGUCCGGCCCACCGGACAGCUGGCUGAGAAGCUGGGCGUGAGGUUCCCCGGACCUGGUGGACCCCCAGGGCCCAUGGGCCCUGGGCCCAACAUGGGACCCCCAGGACCGAUGGGUGGCCCGAUGCAUCCUGACAUGCAUCCCGACAUGCACCCCGACAUGCAUCCUGAUAUGCACCCCGACAUGCACCCUGACAUGCCGAUGGGCCCUGGCAUGAACCCUGGCCCGCCCAUGGGACCCGGCGGCCCCCCCAUGAUGCCCUAUGGUCCUGGAGACUCCCCGCAUUCUGGAAUGAUGCCCCCCAUCCCGCCAGCCCAGAACUUCUAUGAGAACUUCUACCAGCAGCAGGAGGGCAUGGAGGUGGAGCCCGGCCUCCUCGGGGACGCAGAGGACUACGGGCACUACGAAGAGCUGCCGGGGGAGCCUGGGGAGCACCUCUUCCCCGAGCACCCUCUGGAGCCUGACAGCUUCUCUGAGGGAGGGCCCCCAGGCCGGCCGAAGCCGGGCGCCGGUGUCCCCGACUUCCUGCCCUCGGCCCAGAGGGCCCUGUACCUGAGGAUCCAGCAGAAGCAGCAGGAGGAGGAGGAGAGAGCGAGGAGGCUGGCUGAGAGCAGCAAGCAGGACCGGGAGAAUGAGGAAGGUGACACCGGGAACUGGUACUCAAGUGACGAGGAUGAGGGUGGGAGCAGCGUCACCUCCAUCCUGAAGACCCUGAGGCAGCAGACGUCUAGCCGACCCCAGGUUUCUGUCGGAGAGCUGAGCAGCAGUGGGCUGGGGGAUCCCCGCCUCCAGAAGGGACACCCCACAGGAGGCCGGCUGGCUGAUCCCCGCCUCAGCCGGGACCCCAGACUCACCCGCCACGCCGAGGCUGCCAGCGGGUCGGGCUCAGGAGACACGGGGCCUUCCGACCCGCGACUGGCUCGCUCCCUGCCCACCGCCAAGCCUGAAGGCGGCCUUCAUUCCAGCCCCGCUGGCCCCAGCAGCUCGAAGGGGUCCGGGCCACCCCCUGUGGAAGAGGAUGAAGGGGAGCGGGCUCUACGGGAGAAGGCCGUGAACAUUCCCCUGGACCCCCUCCCUGGGCAUCCACUGCGGGACCCGAGGUCGCAGCUGCAGCAGUUCAGCCACAUCAAGAAGGAUGUGACCCUGAGCAAGCCCAGCUUUGCCCGCACUGUGCUCUGGAACCCUGAGGACCUGAUCCCCCUGCCCAUCCCCAAGCAGGACACGGUGCCCCCGGUCCCUGCCGCCCUGCAGUCCAUGGCGGCCCUGGACCCCAGGCUGCACCGUGCCACCACCUCGGGCCCCCCCAACCCUCGGCAGCGCCCCGGCGCCUCCACAGACCCCAGCGCGUCCGGCUCCAGCCUGCCUGACUUUGAACUUCUUUCUCGAAUCCUCAAGACUGUCAACGCCACCGGCUCCUCGGCGGCUCCGGGUGACAAGCCCAGCGACCCCCGGGUACGUAAGGCCCCGACCGACCCUCGGCUGCAAAAACCAGCAGAUUCUGCUGCCUCCUCUCGGGCCGCCAAGCCGGGACCCACCGACUCGCCCUCUCCAGCCGCCAGCCCCAGCGGGGAGUCCUCCCCGCCAGCCACUGCUCCCUAUGACCCCCGUGUGCUGGCGGCCGGCGGGCUGGGCCAGGGCGGGGGCGGCGGGCAGAGCAGCGUGCUGAGCGGCAUCAGCCUCUACGACCCCAGGACUCCCAACGCUGGUGGCAAAGCCGCGGAACCAGCGGCCGAGGCAGGCGCCCAGCCCAAGGGCCCCGACGGCAACGGCAAGAGCGCGGCCACCAAAGCCAAGGAGCCCCCCUUUGUCCGCAAGUCCGCCCUGGAGCAGCCUGACCCCGGGAAGGCCGGCACAGAUGGGGGCGCGGGCACAGCCACAGACAGAUACAACAGUUACAACCGGCCCCGACCCAAGGCCGCCGCCGCCCCCGCCGCCGCCACCACCGCCACAGGCACCCCGCCGGCAGAGGGCACCCCGCCCCAGCCCGGCGUGCACAACCUGCCCGUGCCCACCCUCUUCGGGACGGUGAAGCAGGCCCCUAAGACGGGUUCUGGCAGCCCCUUCGCCGGCAACAGCCCGGCCCGAGAGGGCGAGCAGGACGCGGGGUCCCUGAAAGAUGUUUUUAAAGGCUUCGACCCCACUGCCUCCCCCUUCUGCCAGUAGUGCUCAGCGGGGCCUCGCGCUCCCUGCACCUCCUUUCCCAGGGCGCUAUUUCAGGGCAGCAGCCAGAGUUGGGGAACUCGCAGGGAGGGGGUGGGGCCUGGGUGUUCUCUCUUCCCUUUUUUCUUUUCAGUUUUCCUUUCGCUUUUCUUUCUGGAAGUAGCGCUGUCUCUGCGGCGCAUAAACUGUACAUAACUGUCUUGGUUCUGGUCAGUGCUGCGGGCGCCCAGGCCCGCCUGUGCACGUGAGCAGUAGCCAGGCCCCCGGGCUUCACCCCGCCGGGGCCCAGCGCCCAGGGACUCCCUGGAGGCCGGGCCCCCGGCUGGCGGCUGGGGUCUGCUUUUCUGGGCAGUUUGCCUCCCAGCCCCACCUCCACCCCCCCGGACUGAGAACUGGGCGCAGACGAGUCCCUGAAUGCUGCGCACCCGCAUGGCCCGGGCAAGGAGAUGCCCCACGCGGUGGGCAGGCCCGGAAGCAGGUCUGGGCAUGGCCGGGGGCGGCUCUCAGGCCCACCGGAAGCAGCAAAGUGAACGAGCGGCUGUUGCCGGGGAGGAAGGAAGCCCUUUAAAGCCACGCUGCUGUCUGCAUUUGCGCAGGCCCCCCCCCUGCGCCGCCGUGCUGGUUCUCCCGACGCCCUCCCGCUUCAGAGGACUCCGGGGGAGACAAAGACCUGGAGGUGGCGGGGCUGGCGUGGGAUGUGUCCCCUAAGAGGUGCCUCCAGGAGGGACCCCCCCGCAGCCCUUCAUCCUCCGUCAGUAUUAGCUGCCCUGUCAUGGCUGGGCCUCCCUCCCGGGGCCGGGAUCUGUCCUGGUCCGCAGAAGCCUGAGCCCCAGGGGCCCGGCCUGGCCUGGCCUCAGUGGGGCCAACUCAAGGAUCCGUGGUGUGGCUGCUCCGCCAGGCGCCCACAGGGAGUCCUGGUGUGGUUUUUGGCAGUGUUCCUGUGCUCGCCGCUCGCUUCGUGCCUCCUUGCACCCGGUGUUCAGAGCCCAUGUUUUGUUUUAUUUUGGAGAGGCGGGGUGUGGUUUUCUCCUAAGCCGUCGGGUGCGCGGAUCCAGAGGUGUGUCAUGCUGUUGGAUUUGUGGACACCUUGCAGACAGUGGGCCUGAAGAAAGGGUGGGACACUAUGGCCAGGACAUGGUGGGGGGAGCUCCUGGGCCCUCUCCAGGAGAGGCCCUGGGACCCUGCUGUCUGUGGGAGGUGUGGAACCAGGGGCCUGUGCCCUGCUCCCCUCGUCUGGCUGAGCCAGGAAGGAAGCAGAGACAUCCGCCUGGGGUCCCACAGCUCCCUUGAACCCUGGCUGAGGUCCAGCCUGGCCGUCGAGCCCCAGAGGAGGCCCACCCCAUGGACUUGGUCUCGGGAGAUGGGCCCAAGGGGAGUUGGGUGUGGACCUGAGUCACAGUGUGCUAGGGCCGCGUGGGAAGUCUGCCCGCUGGCCAUCUCCUGCCUUUCCUCCUGGUCCCACUGCCUUGCUUAAAACCCCAUCUCUUUCGCUGAUAAUGAGGAAAGUGGGGACCCAGCCAAAGGGACCCCCGAUCUCACCUCCUUGGGGUGGCAGGUGAGCAAAGCUCCUGUACCAACCUCCCUCUCCCCUGAGAAACUGUCUGGUGAGUGUGGGGCCAGGAGGGCUGGGGAGACAGCCCACAGCGCCAGUGUGCCCUGAUGGGGUUGGUUUGGUUUGUCUUUUUUGUUUUUGUUAAUAUUUUUUUUUUUUUUAAUAAGCAAUCAUUAGUGAGAUUUUUCUUCAGCCACCAGGGCUGGUCUUGAAACAGGCUGCGACUUGGAUGUUUUUGUAAAGUAACAACAUGUGGUGACUCUUGGGUGGUUCCCCCCUCCCCCUCAUUGGAGAAUUUUCUUUUGUAAAAGAGAAAUUAAAUCCUUUUUAAAAACCGAAAUCUGUGGAUGAACUAGAUGCUGAAAACCUUCCUCUUGGAAUACUCAGCCUAAGAACCCCAUGGGACUAUGAAUUACACGGGAAAUCCUUUAUUUGCCAUCAGACCGAGCUAUUAAAGAAAAAUUGUACUGACCAGGAUUGUAACAAAAGUGUAAAUACGAUUUCCGAGCUGAAAGUUGAUGGUGCAAAUAUGUAUAUAACGUACUGUAUUUUUACAAUGAUCGCGCAUGACUCCCCACCCCCCUUUUUGUACUUCAUAUCUGUCUUCCAGAAAUGUCACCUGCCCCUUCCCUUGUGGUCUCUUAAUCCAAUAAUUGUAUUACUGCCAGUAAAGGAUGCAGUUAUUUUAAAAAGCCUGGAGUUCUCUUCUUUCCGUGCUGCCCCAUCAUCCCG